UUGCGGGACAUCACCGUGUUGUUGUGUUUUGUCGAGUGAAAACUGCGUUUCAGCUGCUGCUUCAGUCUGGAGGAAAUCCUGAGCCGCUCGCUGUGGACAGAACAUGUGAAUCAACCCAGUGCAGCUGCUGUGAACAUCUGGACCUGGUGUCAGCAGAACCAGAGCUGGAGGCCAAGCAGCGGGUGAUGGAGGACAUGCGUCUGGCCCUGACUGAGCAGGAGGAGACCCAGGAGCAGAUGGAGCAGGUCCUGGAGGAGAAGAUGGGGCUCCUCCAGGAGCUCUCUGCUGAGGUAAACAGGCUGAAGGAGAAGGUGCUGCAGCAGAACCAGGGAGCCGGCGGGCCCUCAGAGGACCUGGACCUGGCCAAGGAUGAAGCUUCACGAGCUCAGGAGAGCUUAAAGAUCCUGACAGAGAAGAGCCAGGCUGAACGCAGGAGGUGGCAGGAGGAGAAGCUGUCUCUGAUUGGUCAAGCCAAAGAGGCAGAAGACAAGAGGAACCAGGAAAUGAGGAAGUUUGCAGAAGACCGAGAGCGCUACUGCCGCCAGCAGAGCCUCUUAGAGUCCAAGCUGCUGGAGAAGGAGGCGGCCAUGGAGAGCUGGAGGAAGGAGAGGGACGCCCUGGUUGCUGCCCUGGAGGUGCAGCUGCAGAAGCUGCUGUCCAGCCAAGCAGAGAAAGACAAAGUCAUCAAGGAGCUGAGUGAGCAGAGCUCAAAGCAGCCAGCAGAGGUCAGUGUGGCGCCACCGCUUCCUUCCUCCUACGUCCUGCUGUCUCCCGAUCUACGAGCAAACACCCGGAUCCCUCAUAAGCGCUCGGAGGAAGACGCUCCGCAGUCAUCUUUACGUUGACAACUGUCUGGACUACUUUGGCGAGCGAUCAUGUAUGCGUAUCCCGUGUUGCGUAAAACUCCUCAGGGUCGACUCCUGAUGGGGCCGACUGAGGAGGCAAAUAGGAGUACGGUGGUGGUGGCCGGGAGGGCCCGGCGUAAGGAGGAGGUUCUGGCCGAGGCCGCUGCCUUUGUGAGGCAGAACGGAGGGGAUCCUGGUGACCAGUUCCUGGUUCUGGCUCAUUGUAAGAUCCAGUUUGGAAAACACCAGAACCAGAGGUUCCGCUGGCUGCUGGAGAACUCCCUGGGUUACGCGGUGUAGCUGGUCAGCAGCAUCACGGGGGAGGAGGAGAGGGAGGAGCCGCUGUCGGCCAGCAAACACCUGUUUCUCAGGUACACCUCCCAGAUCAGGGAGAUAGGGGAGGCUGUGGAGGUGUAUGGGAAGAAGCAGGCCUUGCUCCAGGAGGCCCAGAGGAGCGGUGACUCUGGGUGUUUGAUGGUGGAGUUUGGCGACUUCAAGGGCAGGUCCAUGAAGGAGGUGUAUGAGGAGCCAGGCAAGGAGGCCCAGGCUCUGGUCACCUACCUGAAGACAGCAAAGGCCAGGCCAAACACCAACAUGGCCCUUUUCAAGGACUAUGUGCUGAAGAGGCAGGCUUCAGCUGUAGCCCACCUGCCCACUGUGACAGCUCCUUCCUCCUCCUCCUCCUCCGCUGCCACUCCACCUGCUGCCGCUCCACCUGCUGCCG